AUGAAUAAUUUGCAGCUGGAGAUGGCACCACUGGGUGCGUGGACUCCUAGGGGUUCUGAUCCUCUGCUUAAGGUGAAUGCAAGAUCAUCUGGGAGCUCUAGGCGUGAGAUAAAGAAUGAACCUGAUGUUGAAACUGGUUCCUUGCCUUGUUGCAGAAUUUGCUUUGAGUGCGACGGUGAUGAUGAAUUGAUAUCUCCAUGCAAGUGCAAGGGCACUCAGCAGUUUGUGCAUCGCUCUUGCCUUGAUCACUGGCGGUCUGUUAAGGAGGGAUUUUCCUUUUCACAUUGCACUACGUGCAAAGCUCAAUUUCAUCUACGAGUGGCAGAUUUGGAGGACAACUCAUGGCGCAUUUUAAAGUUCAGACUUUUUGUGGCUCGGGAUAUCUUCCUUGUAUUUGUGGCUGUACAAACUGUGAUUGCUGCAAUGGGUGGCUUUAUAUUCCUCAUGGACAAAGAAGGAACUUUGAGGAAUUCAUUAAAUGACAGUUGGGACCACAUACUGUCAAAGCGUCCUAUUCCAUUUUACUAUUGCACGGGAGUCCUUGCUUUCUUGGCGCUGGUUGGGGUUUUCGGGCUCAUACUACAUUGUGCCCUCAACAUCAAUGACCAACGGUUUGUUGGCUGUCAGAACUGUGUUUAUGGCUGGGGCCUCUUGGAUUGUUUUCCUGUAUCGGUGGAAUCUUGCUUUGUACUGGUUGUCAUUUUUGUUGUUGUCUUUGCCAUUCUUGGCAUUGCCUAUGGUUUCCUUGCUACCACCAUGGCAAUUCAGAGGAUCUGGCAGAGACACUACAAUAUCCUCACUAAGAGAGAACUCACGCAGGAGUAUAUAGUGGAGGAUCUUUGUGGCUAUUACUCACCUCCCAAACUGGAUCCAGGGCAUGAAUUCCGUCUGAAAACCCUUAAGCUGCUGAAUGGUACUAAUGGUUCAGAGCAUGCUGAGCUUAAAAACUGA